UUUGUCUCCUCCACGCCCGCGAAUUCUGUGAAUUCUGUACUUCAUCGUUGCACAUCUGUUUAACUUGGCCUAUUAGAUUAUACUCAAUAGUAACAAUGUCUUCCAACACUUCAGUUUCCCCACCCCCUAUCGAGACUCUUCCUGCUUCUUCGUCUAAAGCUAAGAAGACAGCAGCAAAGAAACCCGCAUCAAAGAAGGCCCCUGCAAAAGCUGCUCCAAAGGUCGUAUCCCAUCCUUCUUGGAAGGACAUCAUCAAGGCGUGCAUCACUGCUCACAAGGAGGACGCUCGCAGUGGCGUGUCAAGAGCAACUAUCAAGAAGUUUGCCGAGGAAACAUAUCGUCUCGAGGUCAAUGGUACAAACUUGUACCAGCUCAACCGUGCUAUCACAUCAGGCGUCACGGCGGGCAUCUUUGCUUUGCCCAAAGGUCCUUCUGGCAAGGUCAAACUCGCACCAAAAAAGAAGGCAUCUGAUGAUGAGAAUUCAAAGCCUGUACCUGUAAAGAAGGCACCCGUAAAGCCUGCCGCAAAGAAGGCUCCUGCUCCAGCCAAGAAGGUUGAUGCUCCAGCCAAGAAGACUGCCACACAGAAGCCGACCACCGCAUCCAGGGCAAAGAAGCCUGCCGCGCAGAAGACCACAGCAGCUGCCACCAAGAAAGCUGCCACCGCAGCAGCACCAAAGAAGGCCGCCCCGAAGAAGACUACCGCCGGUGCUCCUACCAAGAAACCUGUAGCGAAAUCAGCAGCACCCGCUAAAAGGGCAUCCACCGCGAAGACGACAGAGAAGAAGAAGGUCGCAGCCAAGGCUGCAGCUACCAAGGCCGCCAAGAAGCCUACCUCGAAAGCAAAGCCAACUUCAUCACGAACUAGAAAGGUUUCUGCUUGAUGAUACCUUAUCACAUCGCCCGGACUCUGUUUCUCUUUCAUCUGGUGUGACAUUAGUGUGCUCCUUGUAUUUUUGAUACCUACUUUAUUCGUGUACAAUUACUAGUACUGCAUAUCAUUUCACUGAGGCCAGUGACAGUUCACUUGCGCUACAAUUCCCUUGAUAAGCCAGACCGACUCCUGGCAGACUCGUGACCGGUGAUAGUCAGAUAGCAGUCUGGCUCACAGCAUAAUGUGAUCUAUGUCCUUCAAGUUAGCAUGGGAAUCAAUCAAAGCUGUUCGUUGUUCAUCAAGUGUUGACCGUUGUGGACUACCUACUAUGUCACAAGUUGCCGUUCUUUCUCUCUGACAUAGAUAUGAAUGUUAUAAUUCGUAGCGUCCAUCAUAUGUGGUUUUGC